CGCAUUUUCGGCUGGUUUGAUUCAUCCAUUUUGAAGAGACGGGGGAACGGGGGGUUCGUCGGAUCCAGGGCCCCUGACUCCAAGAGCAGCGGAGUUUUUGAGAAGCCGGCAGCUCGGGGUUCGGCGGCAGCGGUCGCAGCGGCCGAAGCUCGGGGGGGGUGGGGCGCCGAGCGCGCGGGGUGGGGGGGGUCCCGGGCUUUGGCUUCUCGACUAGGUCCCGUUUCGACAGCGAACAUGUCUCGGCCUGUCAGAAAUAGGAAGGUUGUUGACUAUUCACAGUUUCAGGAGUCUGACGAUGCAGAUGAAGAUUAUGGAAGAGAUUCAGGCCCUCCUGCUAAGAAAAUUCGGUCAUCUCCCCGAGAAGCUAAAAAUAAGAGGCGAUCUGGAAAGAAUUCACAAGAAGAUAGUGAGGAUUCGGAAGAAAAAGACGUGAAGACCAAGAAGGACGAUUCUCCCUCAGCAGAGGACAGUGAAGAUGAAAAAGAAGACCACAAAAAUGUGCGCCAGCAGCGGCAGGCAGCAUCAAAAGCAGCUUCUAAACAGAGAGAGAUGCUCCUGGAAGAUGUUGGCAGUGAGGAAGAGCCAGAGGAGGAAGAUGAGGCACCAUUCCAGGAGAAAGAUUCCGGCAGUGAUGAAGAUUUCCUAAUGGAAGACGAUGAUGAUAGUGACUACGGCAGUUCAAAAAAGAAAAACAAAAAGAUGGUUAAGAAAUCCAAACCUGAGAGAAAAGAAAAGAAAAUGCCCAAACCCAGACUAAAGGCCACAGUGACACCAAGUCCAGUGAAAGGCAAAGGGAAAGUGGGCCGCCCCACAGCUUCAAAGGCAUCAAAGGAAAAGACUCCUUCUCCCAAAGAAGAGGAUGAGGAACCAGAAAGCCCCCCUGAGAAGAAAACAUCAGCAAGCCCCCCACCCGAGAAGUCAGGGGAUGAAGGGUCUGAAGAUGAAGCCCAGUCUGGGGAAGAUUAAAAGUGGUGGUGGUUGGGGGAGAGAUUUUAUUAAAAAAGAAAAAAGAAAAAAAAAGAUAAAGAGAGGGGGAAAGAGAACCUACUUAAGAUAAAACGUGGUUUUGGCAAUGGCUCGACUCGUGGGCUUUCAAUGCUUUCCUCCAUGUGGUGGAAUUCUCAGUCUCUUUUUCUCCCUUCUUUCUAAGAAAACCAUUGUAUGUUUAAGUUACCUUUUGAUCUAUGGGUUUUCUCUUUGCCACCCUGCCCCUUUCCAAUGAAAGCCAUGUCAAAUUAAUCACUGGAUUGACUGCUUCAUCUUUUUAUUUUUAAAGGAAGGUUUGUCACAGUUGUAAAGCAAUAAGAUUUGAGUUAAACGCUAUGGAAACUGCUUUUUCUAAACUAUCUGAAGUUGAACAUAAGCAAAACAAAAAAGGGUCAAGUAAAAAAUGAUGGACUUUUCAGAACAUCAGCUGUCAUCUAAUCGGAGAUGGUGUGUCUGUGAAAACAAGUAUGAUUGUCUUGGAAAUCAUGACUUGACAUGUCCCCUGAUGAGGCAGGGAUAAGAUAAAGAUGAAUUCUGAAUUAUUACUAAAAGUACUCCUAUUUUUUACCUUGGGGCAGGGGGAGGGGAAUGGACUUCCCUGGCCUUAUUCGAGGGUGUGGGUUUUCUUUUUUAUUCCAUCACCAGUAAUCUCAAAGAGACGCGGAGCCAUUGAUCCUUUGAGCUCACUCUAGUCUUUAGAGAGCUUAAAUUAUGAAAUCAGGGGCCACCAAAACUGAACUCACUCUUGAUUUCUUAUUUCAUUCUCUAGUUCAUGUUUUAAAAAUAUAUAUGUAUCCUUUUUUAAAAAAAUAAAUUUUAACCAAGGAUCAAAAGAAAACCCCACCCUAGAAUUUAAAUGGCAGAAUGAAUCUAUAUGAAUUUCUUCUCAAACUGACGGUAUUUAGGUUUCAAGCAAAUAAAAUUCCAGUUAAUGUGAAACUCGGUCACAAAGAAAUGAGAUUUUUUUCCCCCCUUUUUUAAGCUCUAAGUGUAUGCUCAGACUCCAUGAGAGCCACGCUCUGUUUUUAUUUGGGGAUGAACAUUUUCCUUUUCAUAUUCUUGCCUUCCUAGAUAGAAACAUGGGAAGUACAUCUAGCUUCCUGCUGCUAUGUAACACACUGCGCUCCCUCCCCCAGUGCCUCCCAGCUCCACUCCAGGAGAUGGUUCUCCUGACUCUGCUCUCCUGUCACUUCCCACCCUUUCCUUGAUGGGAGUGUGUUAAAUGCUGCUUCCACAUUACUCAGUUUGCUCGCAUCCUUUUUGCCCUGCUUACUACUCACAUUAUUUAAAGCAGAAGACUGGGCCUCACCAGAAUGAAAGGAAUGAAGCGUUUUAGGAGGCAGACAUGCAGUGGAUAACACAAUGCACAUGCCUUAGGAAAAUGGGAUGGAUCUGUAGGGUUAGCCCUCCACAUCCUAAUGCCGCAAGCAGGUAGAAGCAAGGUUUAGGGGUCCUAGUAUUCUAAGAAGUUGAUAAGUUAGUGACGAUUUACUUACGCAUUUUUCCUGCCCUUUUAAUCUAGCUGUGUUUCCUUACUACCCUAUUUGUGUGAUUUUUUUUUUUCUCCUGUCUCAAGUGACAGCAUGUUUUUUCUCAGACAACAUGGAUUUCUUGCAGAUUUUCCUAGACAAAGGGUGAUUGUUUCUGGAAUCUUUUUACCCUGGUUUUAAGACAGUUUCAGAAACAUUGUUACUUUUAACUCUUCUGCAUUGAUAAGAGUGAAUAGCGAGCUUUUUAGUCACAUAGCCAAAAAGUACAGGAUUUGAGCCCGAGUAGUGGUGGGUCUGUUAUCUUUCCUGGUGGUUCAGUUUGCAGCAGUGGACUUUGUCAUGAGGGUGUUGUAGAUUGUUCUGUUUGCUCUAGUGGGUUUGCCUAAGUUUCCAGUUUUAACAGCUUUGUGUCCAUAGAGUAAAAACAAUUUCCAGUGUUUCCACCAUGCACUUCUUCCCCCCCUUUUUUCUUUUUUAGGGGCUUAUAAUGUCUUACAUUCCUAUUAACAUUUGGGCUUUUAUUAGGUUUUAGUUUAUGAAGAUUGAAAGGGAGGGCUCUUUUAAAAUUUUAGCGUGUGUAUGUGUGUGUGUGUAAAACAGCCUCUUUAUAUCCUGCUCUGACAUUUCUCAUUGUCAUAUGCACACAUAUAUACUGGUAAUUCUAUCUUCUAGAUUACCUAUACGUUGGAUUAGUCUUUUUUAGGACUCCUUUGAAAAUUAAUUCAUUAAAUGGAUGAAUGUGUCAUUUUUCUAGUCGGCUGGACAGAAGUAUCUGCCUCCGUGUAAAGCAGUCUCCAAAUGGCCUUGGUGUUCUUCGGUUUUUAUGGGUGGUUUCAAAUCUAGUCUUCCCCUCAAAUCUUUCAUGCAGAUAGGAAGAUAGUUGUGACUCAACUGGAAACAGGUGCUCAGUAGUCGGGCUUGGUAGUGAUGUCAGGACGCACUAUAGCUAGAGGCCUGUAGUGACUGGCCUGGCCUGGGGCACCGCCCUUGACUGAUCUUCCCCAUGUUGUCUGUGCCUAUGGUGAACUGAUGGUAGCACUUACUGUCUUUGCAAAGCUCAGGUUAGGGGACGUUCAGUUUGAAGGUGCCUGUGUUGCCAGAGUUUCCUAGGUUGACCUUGACAAAAGUGGGCAUCUGUACUGACUGACACUACAUUUUGGUUCCUAUGCCUCUUUUUUCAUACCCCUACCCGCCCCUACAGAUUUGGGUAGCUUCUGUCUCAGCUGAUCCUGCUGCUGCUGUUGGCUCUCAUCUCAGAAUUGUUGGGGGCUCUGCGGGUGACACAAAGGAUUUGUUUUCAUUUUUGUCGUGAUGGAUUUGUCUUGUGUUCUUGCCUCGUUAAAAUAUCUCUACGCCAUCUUGAUUCCAUAAAGGACAGUGAUUGUUGUCAUUCUUGGGGAGUGAUGAACGGGAAUCUUUACAUCUUGUAUAGUAAGUAGUUCAGUUCCCUUGAAGGAGCUUUGGUGGUGAAUUUCUUUUUCACAAUAACUGGUUUACCCAGUUCAGAAUCAUAAAUGACAUACUUUUGUGACAGAUUCAAAUAGCAUUUUGUUACAGAUAACAAAUCAAGAGUGGAAUUGAAGGUUAUAAAUCUAGUAAAAGUGUUUGACAUUCUUGUGAAUUUAAUCAGCUAAGCUGAUGAAUUUUUUUUUAAAUCUGUGAUCUCUCAAGUGAACUAGUUUCUCUUAGAAGAUGCUUUGAGAGCUAUAGAGAGCAAGAGUAGAUUUGGAUCUCACAAGCAAGUGGGAAAGCUUUAAAAGAGAUCACAGCUUCUGUUGCUUUUUGUAAUGAGGCACGGGCCCUUCGCUGGCAUCCUCAGAGGCUGUGCUGAGAACAAAUGACCACCCUAGGAGUUGGGGAAGAAGAUGCCGAGGUCAUGGGCUUUGUGAUGUUUAGACUGAGAUACUUACCUAGAACAAGUAAUAUCUAUUUCCUGCCUGCUCUCAAGGGUUUAAAAUUGUCUCUUUCUCUAUGGAUGAAGCUGCAUUUAUUUGAAGCGAAGAGUAGAUUUAUUGACUAUUGGGACAUCAAGCUGUCUAUAGCUAAGUUUCAAUCUUGAUCUGUUUUCCCCUCGUCUUGGGUAUACUCAAUACAACAUGAAUCUUUUUUAAUCCCAAGUCCAUAAAUUACACUUUUUUCAUAGCCUAAUUCACAAAUUCACAGUGGUGCUGACUGUGUAAUAACCACUAUUGGGAAAAAUCCCAUAAACCUGCCUGUUGCCAUGCCAAUGGAGCGACUAAACUGGUGACAUCUGUGUGAGCAUGCUUUGUGUGGCGGAUAGAAUGCCACCAUUGUGCAUACACUUUAUACAUCGGGGUGAAGGGAGGGUUUUCUAGAUUAUGGGGGGAGGGUAAAAUUGGGUUGCUUUUGUCCCUUUUUUGAUGGAUGUGGGUAUAGUAUUCAGUUUAUGCCCUAAAAUAAUAUGUAUAAACCUCCCCCUUGAAAUAUUGUUUGUGUGUGUGUGUGUGUGUCUGGGGAUGUGUGUUUGUAUAUGUCUGGCUGUUAAACCUUUGUCUUAAGGAAAUUAGUGAAUUCCUUUCUUUUUUUUCCCCUCCAGAAGUAUUUGUUACAAGAUUUGUAAAUAAGAGCUCUACUUAGUUUGUUUACCAUGAAUGUGUUGCAGCAAAGCUUACCUGAUUCCUGUAAGAUGUACGGAGACUCUUAAGACUUGCCAGGUUAGGCAGCAGCCAAGUUCUCAAUAAUUGUUCACCUUGCUUUGUCUCUCAGGCUUUGAUUUUGCCAGCUCUAAAACUCCCAGUCUUCCUUGAUUUUAGUCCUUAAUCUUUUGUGUUCCGAGCAGGAAGGGUAAAAAAGAGGAAGAGGGACCUGCUGAAGCGUAUUAACAAAUGAGAUCGACCUUUCUUCACACUGCAGUGUCGUUAGCCAGGUGAUCAGACACCAGAGGGUUGGGCAUUCUUGCAAUACCUUUACAGUGCUGAAAUCUGCAGCAUGGUACUAAGAAAGUUAAAGUUUGAAUGUAACCACUUUAUUUAAAAGUUAUUUUCCUUUAAUUUAAAUGAAACGGGGUUGAAGUGAACAUGAUUUGUUGACCAUGUUCGUGAAUUAUAGAUGCAACAUGCAUUGGUAGAAUCGUGUGAUGGUCUUUUGUGAUACUUAAUUUUUACAUAUCCCAGUCUCUGUAGGUAUCUGCAUAGACAAAGAAAAACAAAACCCCCGCUUCGCUUUUACGGAAGGGUUUCCAGGGCUGCGUGUCUGCUCCUGUGCUCUGUUAAGCACGUGUAUCCUUUGCUUGUAUUUUGUAUUAAAAAAUAAGAAAAAGAACCUUUACUGUUGAGCAUGUUGGCAUUGUCCCCCUUUAUUUUUUUCUCUUUUGGGGACAUUUUGAAGCAAGUUAUUCUUUUUCUGUUCUUUUUUUCCUUUUGUAAACUUUUUUUGGUUUUGUUUAAAAAUGGCUUUAUAAAAGGGCUUUUACAACCCA